AUGUAUGCAUGCAUUUGGCAAAGGUAUACGAGAGAGGGAGCAGUGGGAAGCAAGAGAGAGAUGAGAAGGAGUGUGUGUUACAGGCUAUUGAUUCUUGUUUCCUUCAUAUGGUUCCGCGUGGCCACGUGUUCGUCGUUCAGUGACAUGGAUGCGCUGCUGAAGCUGAAGGACUCCAUGAAGGGAAACAAAGCCAAGGAUGACGCCCUCCAUGACUGGAAGUUUUCCACCUCGCUUUCCGCUCACUGUUCAUUUUCAGGCGUCAAAUGCGACCAAGAUCUUCGAGUAGUUGCAAUCAACGUCUCCUUUGUUCCUCUCUUCGGACAUCUUCCGCCGGAGAUUGGACAAUUUGACAAACUCCAAAACCUAACCAUCGCCCAGGACAAUCUCACCGGCCAGCUUCCCAAGGAGCUCACUGUCCUCACUUCCCUCAAGCUCCUCAACAUCUCUCACAACUCCUUCUCUGGUAAUUUUCCCGGGGAAAUCAUUCUUCCUCUGACGGAACUCGAGGUCCUCGACGCCUACGACAACAACUUCACCGGACCGCUUCCGGAAGAAUUCGUCAAACUGGACAAACUCCGAUACCUCAAGCUCGACGGGAAUUACUUUUCCGGCAGCAUACCGGAGAGUUACUCGGAGUUUAAGAGCUUGGCGUUUUUGAGCUUAAGCACUAACAGUUUAUCGGGGAAGAUUCCGAAGAGUUUGUCUCGGUUGAAGACGCUGACGUAUCUCAAACUCGGUUACAACAACGCUUACGAAGGUGGAAUCCCGCCGGAGUUCGGCUCCAUGAAAUCUCUAAUAUUCCUUGACCUCUCUAGCUGCAACCUCAGCGGCGAAAUUCCCCCGAGCCUGAGCAAUUUGAAGAACCUUGACACGUUGUUCUUGCAAAUGAACAACCUCACUGGAACCAUUCCGUCCGAACUCUCUGCCAUGGAGAGCCUCAUGUCACUGGAUCUCUCCUUCAACGGUCUCACUGGAGAGAUCCCGCAGAGUUUCUCUCAGCUCAGAAACCUCACUCUCAUGAACUUCUUCCACAACAAGCUUUGCGGCUCUGUUCCUCAUUUCGUCGGCGAGCUUCCGAAUCUCGAAACGCUGCAGCUCUGGGAGAACAACUUCUCCUUCGUGCUGCCUGAGAACUUGGGCCAAAACGGGAGGUUAAAGUACUUCGACGUAACGAGCAAUCACUUCACCGGGUUGAUCCCUCCUGGUUUGUGCAAGAGUGAGAGCUUAAAAACCUUCGUCAUCACCGAUAACUUCUUCUACGGUCCAAUCCCUGACAAUAUUGGAAACUGCAAGUCUCUCGUCAAGAUCCGCGCCUCCAAUAACUUCCUUAACGGCACCAUUCCGUCGGGGAUUUUCAAACUACCUUCCCUCACCAUAAUCGAGCUCUCGAACAACUGUUUUAACGGCGAACUGCCUUCCGAGAUUUCCGGCGACUCUCUCGGGAUUCUCACGCUUUCGAAGAACUUACUCACUGGGAGAAUUCCCCCGGCGUUGAAGAACUUCAGGGCGCUGCAGACACUCUCACUGGACGCGAACGAGUUCGUUGGAGAAAUCCCGGGGGAGGUUUUUGACUUACCAAUGCUAACCACCGUCAACAUAAGCGGCAACAAUCUCACGGGACCAAUCCCGACGACGUUGAUUCACUGCGUUUCACUCUCCGCCGUUGACCUCAGCCGGAACAUGCUCGUCGGGGAGAUUCCCAAGGGCAUAGAAAACCUCACGGACUUGAGCAUUUUGAAUGUUUCCAGAAACCUCAUAACAGGACCAAUCCCCGACGAGAUUCGCUUCAUGGCUAGCCUCACCACGCUGGAUCUCUCCUACAACAAUUUCAACGGCAAGGUCCCAACCGGGGGUCAGUUUUUGGUCUUCAACGAGAAGUCCUUUGCAGGGAACCCCAAUCUCUGUUCCUCCCGCUCUUGCCCUAACUCCUCCAUGUACCCCGACGACGCCUCCCAGAAGACGCCCAGCCCUUGGAGUUCGAAAUCGACGAGGGUGAUAAUAAUCGUGAUUGCACUGGGCACAGCGGCGCUUCUGGUGGCGGUGACGGUGUACAUGAUGCGGAGGAGCAAGCUGCACAGGGCGAUGACGUGGAAGCUAACGGCGUUCCAGCGCCUGGACUUGAAAGCGGAGGAGGUGGUAGAGUGUCUGAAGGAGGAGAACAUAAUAGGGAAAGGCGGUGCGGGGAUCGUGUACCGCGGGUCCAUGCCGAACGGAACCGACGUGGCGAUAAAGCGGUUGGUCGGGGCGGGGAGUGGGAGGAACGAUUACGGGUUCAGGGCGGAGAUAGAGACCCUGGGGAAGAUAAGACACAGAAACAUAAUGAGGCUUCUGGGUUACGUGUCGAACAAGGAGACGAAUCUGCUUCUUUACGAGUACAUGCCAAAUGGGAGUUUAGGGGAGUGGCUGCAUGGGGCGAAAGGAGGGCACUUGAAGUGGGAGAUGAGGUUCAAGAUUGCAGUGGAAGCUGCUAGGGGACUCUGUUAUUUGCACCAUGAUUGUUCCCCUCUCAUCAUUCACAGGGACGUCAAAUCCAACAAUAUAUUGCUCGAUGCUAACUUCGAAGCCCAUGUCGCAGAUUUUGGACUUGCCAAGUUCCUCUACGACCCAGGUGCCUCUCAGUCCAUGUCCUCCAUCGCCGGCUCCUACGGCUACAUUGCUCCAGGUUCCAUUAAACCUUCCUUUUCCUUCAUUAACGAGCUUUCAUAG